AGGACAAAACUGGUGGGGAUGCUUAACCGGUAGAGCCACGGUGCUGUCGCACUCCACUGUAAUUACUGACGCUUUUGCCGACACUGGCGAGGGGAAGAACUAGGUGAGGGCAUUAUAACUCCUAAGGCAAAUAGCGUUUGGAAGUGAGAGCGAGAGCAGAAAUGGCGACGGUGGGGAAGACUAAGCUGGAGUCGGGAUGGCUGGCGGCCAGAUCAACGGAAGUGGAGGUCACAGGCGUACAGCUCACCACUACCACGCCUCCCUCUGGCCCUUCCGCUCCCUGGAUGGAGGCCGCCGUACCCGGCACAGUUUUAGGGACUUUGUUGAAGAACAAACUGGUUCCAGAUCCCUUUUAUGGAUUAAACAAUGAAGCAAUACUUGAUAUUGCUGAUUCUGGGUCAGAGUAUUAUACAUUUUGGUUUUUCACUGCAUUCGAGGCUAAACUGAAAGAAAAUCAACAUGCAACUCUCAAUUUUCGUGCAAUCAAUUACUCUGGAGAGGUGUAUUUAAAUGGGCACAAAAGGAUCCUCGAAAAAGGGAUGUUUCGAAGACAUUCUCUAGAUAUUACUGAUAUUCUUAACUCUGAUGGAAAAAAUUUGCUUGCUGUACUUAUCUAUCCUCCUGAUCAUCCUGGAACAAUUCCUCCUCAAGGAGGUCAAGGAGGUGAUCAUGAGGUUGCUUGUAGUGCAGCCACUUUCCAUUUGCAUUUUUUGGAAAAAGUAUCUCCUUGAUUUUCUUGUUAAACAUACUGCAGGGAUAGGAAUACUGGGAUCUGGGAUGAAGUAUCACUUUCAAUUACUGGUCCUGUCAAGCUAGCCGAUCCACACCUGGUCUCAUCAUUCUUUGAUAACUAUAAGAGAUCAUAUCUACAUACCACGGUUGAUUUGGAAAACAAAAGUUCUUGGCGUGCAGAGUGUUCAUUAACUAUCCAAGUGACAGCAGGAUUAGCUGAAGACGUUUUUCUGCUAGAGCAUCUCCAGUCAUAUGAGCUGUCAAUCCCUCCUGGGUCCCUUGUGCAUUACACGCUUCCUCCAUUAUUCUUUUACAAGCCAAAUUUGUGGUGGCCCAAUGGCAUGGGUAAGCAGUCACUUUAUAGUAUUGAAAUAAGUGUUGAUGUGAAAGGAUUUGGCGAGUCUGAUUCAUGGUCUCAUCAGUUUGGAUUUCGGAAGAUUGAGAGUACAAUAGAUAAGGCCACUGGAGGAAGAUUAUUCAGGGUAAAUGGCCAACGAAUUUUCAUCCGUGGAGGAAAUUGGAUAUUGUCUGAUGGGCUGUUGCGGCUUUCAGCUAAACGAUACAUGGCAGACAUAAAGUUUCAUGCUGAUAUGAACUUCAAUAUGCUUCGUUGCUGGGGAGGUGGAUUAGCUGAGAGACCAGAAUUUUAUCAUUAUUGUGACGUUUAUGGUUUGUUGGUUUGGCAAGAGUUCUGGAUAACAGGUGACUGUGAUGGAAGAGGCAUACCUGUAUCAAACCCCAAUGGUCCAUUGGACCAUGACCUAUUCCUUUUUUGUGCACAAGACACUAUUAAGCUUCUUAGGAAUCAUGCAAGUCUUGCUCUUUGGGUUGGUGGCAAUGAACAAACUCCUCCGAAAGACAUCAAUACCACUCUUAUGAAUUAUCUAAAGCUCCACCCUCUUUUCAAGUCCAAUGAAGAAAAUUCUGUUGCUGGUGAAGAUUUGUCACAAGAAUCAACUGAUCCUAGUCAAUAUCUGGAUGGAACCCGUUCUUAUGUUCAAGCAUCAAUGUGGGAUGGUUUUGCAGACGGGAAAGGUGAUUUUACCGAUGGCCCAUAUGAAAUCCAAAAUCCAGAAGAUUUUUUCAAGGAUGAUUUCUAUCAAUAUGGAUUCAAUCCUGAGGUUGGCUCUGUGGGGAUGCCAGUUGCGGCUACUAUUAGGGCUACAAUGCCACCAGAAGGAUGGCAAAUCCCAUUGUUUAGAAAGCUCUCCAAUGGUUACAUAGAAGAAAUUCCAAAUCCAAUAUGGAAGUACCAUAAAUACAUCCCAUACUCAAACCCAGGGAAAGUCCAUGACCAGAUCGAAUCAUAUGGUCACCCAAAGAAUCUUGAUGACUUUUGUGAAAAGGCACAACUUGUAAAUUAUGUACAAUAUAAAGCGCUCCUUGAGGGUUGGACUUCUCGAAUGUGGACCAAGUAUACCGGUGUUAAUAUCUGGAAGACGCAGAAUCCAUGGACUGGUCUAAGAGGUCAGUUUUAUGAUCAUCUCCAUGACCAAACAGCAGGUUUCUAUGGUUGCCGCAGUGCUUCUGAGCCUAUUCAUGCACAGCUCAAUCUCGCUACUUACUAUAUUGAGGUAGUGAAUACUACAUCAGAUGAACUGUCAGAUGUAUCUGUAGAAGCUUCAGUUUGGGAUCUUGAUGGUAAAUGCCCAUAUUACAAUGUUACAGAUAAGCUUUUCAUACCAUCAAAGAAAGUAUUCCCGGUUGUUGAAAUGAAAUAUCCUACAUCAAAGAAUGCAAAACCUGUCUAUUUUCUUUUGCUCAAACUCUUCAGACUGUCUGAUACAAGCAUCAUAUCAAGAAACUUCUACUGGUUGCAUCAGCCAGAUACUAAUUACAACAUUUUGGAGCCUUAUCGUGCCAAGAAAGUGCCACUGAAGAUUACUUCUCAAACAUUUAUCACUGGCUCCUCGUAUAAAAUACAGAUGAGUGUUCUUAAUAUAACUAAGAAUUCGAACUCAUUGGAUCUCGUUAAAGAACCUGAAGCAGCGAGGUUCAAAAGUGGUGUAUUAAGCAGGAUAUUUAGUGGCCUGCAAGUCUCAAGAUCAGAGCAUGGCUCAAGGGUGUUUGAAGUUGCUGGAUCUGAUACUGGAGUAGCUUUCUUCCUCCAUUUCUCUGUUCAUGAUGGAAAGGCGGUGGAAGAAGCAACUAAUGGAGACACUCGCAUCCUUCCUGUGCAUUAUUCUGAUAACUAUUUCUCGCUGGUUCCAGGUGAAUCGACGACCAUUAACAUCUCAUUUGAGGUUCCUCAAGGUGUCACGCCAAGGGUUGUUCUUCAGGGUUGGAAUUACCAUGGCCAUGGCUUCUCUGUCUGCUAAUGUAUGGGUGAGAAUUAGCCCUUAACUUUUUUAGCUAUUGGUUGCAUAUUGCAUCA